AUGUCGCUUCAAGAUCUACCAUUCCCAUUGGUGGAGCUCAAUUGGGACAAACUACCAGUGGUUCAAAAGACCCUGAAGCUUAGCAAGACUGAAGCGAUCAGUGUCUUGACACGUGAUGAUGGAAAGCCUGCCAAGCCUGUGGCCAAGAAGGACAAGACAAAAAAAACUCAGAAGGCCAAGGGAAAGGCCAAAUCCAAAGUUCAGGCUUCGUCGUCCAAGCCAAAGAAAGUAAAAAAAACUGCCGUCAAAUCAAAGGCAAAAGCAAUGGCUAAGUCUGGUGGGAAGUCAAAGGGAAGGAAGGAGAAAACUGUCCCAACUGACAUAGGGCCACAUGGGUUUGAUGAAGAAGAGGAAGAGGAACCACAUGAGGUGGAUGAGGAACUUCAGGCUGAAAGUGCUGAGGUGACCCGCAAAAGAAAAGAACCCAUUGCCCCACCACCAGCUGAUGUCCCGGCGAGAAAGGCUACCAAGCCAAAUGCUGAUGUGGCAGAGACUCCUGAGGCACCUGAGGCACCUGCUGCUCCAGUCGAACCGAAGAAUGCAAUGGCUCCAGAGGCCUCGUUGCCAGCGAGAGCUGCUGAUGCUGCAGAUACACAAGAUGGAACUCUGUGGUCCUGUGCAACCCUGCAAGAAGCCCUGUCCCUUCUUGACCACCAACGUCCAGCUGAAACGCUAAAGGAUGUGGAUUCGAUCUCCAAUGAGUUGGAGAAUCAGCUGAAGCACAGUUCUAGCAGUUCGGCCCCAGGUGAGCUUCGACGUGCCAUUCCGCUGGUGGAUAUUUCCACUCCCUUGAAGGAGUACCCUGACAACCAAGAGGGGCUGACACCAAGUGCAAGCCCAACUGAACCUGAGAUCGCAGAGCCCAAUGGUCCUUUGCCUGAUGGCGCCGCAGCCCCACUUCCAGAACCAAAUGCUGGUGAAGUACCGGAACCUGUGAACGCAGCUGUGCCAGAACUUGCCCAGAAAGCAGCAGAGCAGAUUGAGCAAGCAGGUAUGGAGGCCCUGAUCCAGCCACCUGCAGUGGAACCGGCUGAGAAGACUGUGGACCAUCCGAUCGAGUCACCAGCUGUUGUGGAACCGGCUGAGGAGAAAGCAGGAGAAGGAGCAGACACAACGCCUGCAGGACCUCCAGAUCGAACCCUGGAACUUGCAGGCCUGCAGGCCUUGAUGAAGAACCAUGAGACCAGGCUGCAAAUUCAAAACCAGAAUGCCGUGGCCAAAGCGAAGCAGCAGGCAGAGGGCUCUCCCAAGGGCCCGGCGCCCACUGAGGUCAACUGGUCCUCCCAUAAAAAGGAGGGAAUGAGGCUGAAGCGUUUGAUGGAGGAGUCAUCGGAGGGGGCGAAGUUUCCACACAUGCAGAAGCUUUGGGGCGGCUCCGCGGCAGACAGAAAGCAGCUCCUGCAGCAAUGGGUUGCAUCCAAUUCGAAUGCCCAGUCAAUCGAAGCUGACCUGGUGCUCUCCAAGCACAGCGCCAAUCAGCACAAGUCGACGCGGGAGCUCCUCACGACCCAGGAGAUGCAGAAGCGCGACAUCCCGAUUGAAAAAAUCAGGGCGAUUGUCGCCCGGGGAAACGGGGUGCCAGACCCGGACUGCCCGGGGAUUGCAUCUUUGACCAGGUUUUGGGUUUCCACGUCGACCAAGGAGAUUGACACCGAUGAAGUGAAGAUGGAAUCGAGCGUGCGCAUGCAGGCAGAUGCUUCCAGCACCCUUGCAGCAAUUGUGCCUUCUGCUGCACCUUCUUCUUCGUGCUCCCGGGCGAUUGGGGCAGAUGGCAUGCAACAAAUUCUGCAGAGCUUGCAGGCACCAAGCGUGGAUGAAGGAUCUGUCGCUGCAGCUCCGAAGACCAAGGCGAAGGCCAAAGCAAAGGUGAAGGCGAAGGCCAAAGCAGCCUCCGUGACUUCAUCUGGUGUGUCAGAAGUGCCCCCGAAAACUAUGGAUGAGAUGAAGGCUGAGAUCAGCCAUGGUCUCAGUUAUUCUCAAAUGCAACACUUGAUAUCAUUGAUCCAUAUAUGCCAUCAUAUAUAUAUAUUUAUUUAUUUAUUUAUCCAUCCAGCCAUUCCAGCUAGCUAUACAGUAUGCAAACAUUUUUCUGAGGUGGCAUUCUGA